ACACAGCAGAAGAAGAGGAGAUUGCGGGAAAACUGAAGCAGAAGAGGUUGUUGUUGAGGUCUUCAAACUGUCAGAAAAGAAGCUGUUUAAAAUCACCAUGACGACUCCAAAAGCGGAAGAUGUCAGAAAGGGGAUCGCAGUCCUGUGGGAAACUCUUCAGUGUCCAAUUUGCCUGGAGCUAAUGACUGCACCCGUUUCUACUAAGUGUGAUCAUCAGUUUUGCAAAUUUUGUAUUACAAAACUUUUGGACAACUCCAAACCAAACAGAGCCACUUGCCCUGUUUGUAAAUCCAAGAUAACAAAGAGGAGCCUGCAGGAAAGCCCUGGGUUUCAGAGACUUGUUGCUGGAUUGCAAGACAUGAUCCAGGCAUAUGAACAUGACACCAGCACAAACUACUUUACUGGACUGCCACAGGAAAGGAUGAACGCUAAUAUCACAGAUAGAGAGACAAGUAAACAUGCUGCUAAUUUAUCAUCUGGAAACACGUUUGGAACUGAUCUGAACAAUUUGGAAACCACAGGCUGUGAUGAUCAUCCUCAGUCAUGCUCCUCAACUGCAGCAGCUCUGAACGGAUUCGCUCAGCUAAUGGGACUUGAAGACUCGGUUUCUGUAACGGCAGAAAACGAAGGCCUGGAUGGCCGCCUGUGUGACAUCCCGCCAGCUUCUGACAGGAAGACGUCCAACUCUGCAGAUCAUUUAGAGACAGAAAAUGUUGGGAAAAACGCCUCAUCGUCAAGAAGCAAACCAGAGAACUCUGAUUGUUUGAAACCUACUCAGGAGGAAACUGUUCAACAGCCUGUCAGGAAGUCCUCUAGGAAGAAACAAAAAAAGGAAGUAGAUCCCGAAAAGGUUGAUGAGCAGAAAAAGAAGAAGAGUUUAGAGAAAGUCGCCGAAUGGCUCCUGAAGGUUCCAGCCAAAGAAGAGCUGGAGCUGGAGAACCCCCCCACCCAUGAGGAUGACGAGGACAGCUGUUCGUCUGCAUCGACGCUGGAUUUGGUGCCGCAGAACGAUGAACUGAAUCCUAAGAAGGACGAUCGCGCCAAAGGCCUCGAAGAACAGGUUUUUGGUGCCGUCUACAAGCGUAGAGGGAACAAAGUUAUAGAGCCGCUAACGGCUAAAGAAAGAAAAAACAUUAAAAGAGUUUCAAAGAAAAGCAACCUACUCCACUGUGAAGAGAAACAGGUUGAAAAUGAAAUCAGCGGGGACUUUUAUAAACCAGAUGUAAAAGAAAAGCCUGAUGGAAGUGUUGAACAGUUAAAAAACUUGUCAGAAAGCGACAAAAAUCAACCAGAAGCAUCACCGCCAAAGAGAAGGACUCGUAAAAAUAUGCAACAGCUUCAAGUUGAACCAUCAGAGCAAACCGAUUUAAAAUCAGAAGGUAGAGAGGAGAAAGGCGGCAGUAGGAAAGCAAGAAAGUCUAAUUCAAAUAGAAAGAAACCAACUAAAGAGGCUGAAUCUGCUGUUUUAUUAGAAUUUCAGAACAGCGAAACCAGUCCUAAACCGAAUGAAAGAUCCGAGAAAGUCGUAGUUCAAAUCGAGACUUAUCCCAGCAGCGAGGAACAGAAGACUCCAGUCAUGAGCAGUGCCAGAAGAAGCAGAAGACUUCAGCUUUUUGCGGAGGAGGAUCAGGAAAAUCGCAGCGCUAAAAAGCUAACUGAAGAUACCAGUGAUGAAGCCAUGGAUGCAGUGCUGCCUAAAAGUGGAAACCUACCAAUGGAAGCGAAAAGAAACGGAUGCAUCUAUGAGGAGGAUAUCGGAGGGAUAGAAAGCGCAGAGAACAGUGGGAGAGCCUCUUUAAGACAAACUGAGGCAGAAGUUCCCGAAGCCCAAACUCCUCCUAAAGCGGCUGCUGACUGUCCUCCCUCUGUGGUUCCAAACUCUACAAGCCCAUCCCUUCCAUCUGUGGUAGGUCCGACGCUUGACAGCGAGAAGCAGGAGAUGAAUUACCAACAUGAUUCUCAGCAAGAAAUCAGUGUUAAUGAGGCUAAACGUAAAGUAGAAGAAUCCGAGGAUUGCAGGAAUGACAGUGAGCUGGACACAGAGCAGCUGCUCAGGACCUUUAAAGCUGCUAAAAGGAAAUCCUUCUGUCUCGGGGAACCAAACGUGAAGAGAAGCCGUGGUUUAGAUGAUGCAGCGACCAGUGAUGCAGGCUCUGAAUUAUCUGAAAAUGUCGGCGAGGUUUUAAAAGUUACUGGAAAGCUGGUUUGCAGUGAUGUGAUUCCUCCUUCCGACUUCCCCGACCAGAAAAAACCUGAUCAAUCCGUGCUGGAAGCUUCUGAUCCUAAUAGCAAGGGUUCAGUGCAGGAGGAUGAUGCUGAAUACUGUCCAAUCAGAAGUAGCUUCAGCAGUGGUCUCAGUCCUAACAAAGUAUCAAGGCGGGACAGAGACAGCCCUCAGUCUGUGGUCCCUCAGGUCAUAGAGUCUGGCCUCUGCUUCAUGGCUGUAGAGCGUGAUGCACCAAGGAGCUCACAGGUCGCCAGUAGUCUGAAGGAGAUCAGAGAUGGUGUUUCCAACUAUCCUUCAUUCCAAGACGCCUCUUUAACCCCGGACAUUUUAGAGAUCCAUAAAGCAGAUUUGAACGCCAGUGUUAGCGGAGAGGUCAGCACUCCAUCCUCUGUCAAGAUGAACCCGAAGAAGAAGAGGAGAACUCAGAAGCUCGAUUCUUCAUCUGAGUCAGGAAGCAGUGACUCAAAAGAGGAGUUUCCAGCUCUGGCUCACAUCUUUGGAGUGUCAAAUCGGCCCCAAACCGAGGCCAGAGAUCAGGAGGAAAUGGGUGAAACUAGCAGAGGUGAGGGUGUCUGUGGUGAAACCGAUGGAGCAGAACCACUGAGCCGUCCUCCUGGCAGCCCGAGUCCAGACCAGGUCCACUCUAGUCAGGCGUCUGUGGACCUGUUCGGCACACCAGCUGAAUGUGAUGCCCCUGAAAAUGAUGCAGGCAUUUCCAUUGAAUCCUCUGAAUUCUCAAGCGAAGUUCCUGUUACACAGCAAAAGAUAGAAAUGCAGAAGGAGCUGGUGAGGCUGGAGAAGCUGAUUGCGUUGGUCUCAGAGGUGCUUCAGGAGAAAGAAGGCAGCCCUGCCAGAGAAGGGCUGCCUUCAGAGAGCGAUCAGGGCGGUAAAGACAGGGGCCCAGAUGUCCCCAAACCCCUCCCGAAUGAUCAGGACCCAGUCCAGCCUUCAGACAGGGAGGAUUUUUUAGAUGCAGAAAAAAGACCAUCAGAUGAUAAAGUAGUGGCAAAGCAGGGCAGCGUUUCAGAGAGCGCUGUAAACGACUCAUCUUGUGCGGCAUUGCAAGUAAAAGGCACAAAGGUCCGGAGUUCGACUCCUGCAACCAAAACGGUUAUAAACCGUGAUUUACCGCCAGAUGGUCAAGAAGACAAAGAAAACAACAGUCCUCCGAAAGACCGACCUAAACCUAAACUUGUCCUGGUGACGUCUGGACUGGGCCCCAAUGAGCAGAUAAUGGUGAAAAAGUUUGCCAAGAGACUUGGCGGUCACGUCGUUCCACAGGUCACGCCAGAGGUCACCCACGUUAUAAUGCGCACAGAUGACCAGCUGGUAUGUGAGCGCACUCUGAAAUAUUUCCUUGGAAUCGCGGGCAGAAAGUGGGUGGUCAGCUUCCUCUGGAUUUCUGAAUGUUUCAAAGAGAAGAAGUUGUUGGAAGAGAGUUCAUUUGAAGUGAGAGGCGAUGUUGUGAAUGGACCCAACCACCAAGGGCCCUUGAGAGCUCGUACCACACAGGACAGUGAUCUUCUCUUGAAGGGCUACACAAUCUGCCUCAAGGGACCUUUUACAGACAUGUCCACAGAUGACAUGCAGUGGAUGGUUGAGUUGUGUGGAGCCACAGUUGUUAAAGAUCCACUUCUUCUUGAUGGCAAGCAGAAAUCCCACCAUAUCAUCAUCGUUCAGCCCAGGGCCAAUUCAUCAUCCUCCUUGUACAGCAGUCUGUCCAGGAAGGCCACAGUCGUGUCCCGUGGAUGGCUGCUGGAUACCGUAGCAACAUACACACUGCAGAAGUACAGCAGUUACACUGUGUGAGGAACAGAAGAUGCACCGUCUCUAAGCUAAUUGUACAUUUGUGUUUUUAAUCUCCAGUUUUGUAACUUAACACAUUAUCAACCUGUUUUGUGUAAAAUGUCUCCAGAAUAAGAUGUAUAUAAAGUCAUAUGAAAAGCA